AUGAAACCGGCUGAAAGACGAGGGAAAAACCAGCAAUUCGGACACGCAACCAUCACUUUUAACUCCCCUAGCAGUGCUAACCUCGUUCUUCGACAGGGACUUCUCUUCAUGGACACUAACUAUCGCUGUCACAAAUGCAAAGUAGAACCACUCCGCUGUCUCAAGUGCCAAAACUACGGCCACGUCGCCAGCGCCUGCACCGCCAGCUCCACAACCUGCGCCACCUGUGCCCAGCAACACGACGAACAAGGGGACUGCCCCCAGCUGUUCCGCAAAGAAGCUCAUGCCUGUGUUGCGUGCAGGAUUGGGGGGCAUGCAAGCUGGGAACGAACCUGCCCGAGCCGUCUCAAACUGCAACGGGCACUGGACGAACGCCUCGAGAGUAACCGCCUCCCUUUCUUCCCCACAGAAGAGCCCUGGACCCAGCAAUGCACCCCACUCUACUCAGGGCGCGUUUCGACCCAUACCCUUCUGGACUGCAACUGGCGGCAGUCGAAGAAGACCCAGCCCUGCCAGACGUCAAUUGCAGAUAGCUUUAGACCACUCCCGGAAGCUGCACCCACUCGCCGGCCUCACACCUGCUCCUCCCCGGGUAUCGACUGGGCGGACUCCUUUCAGGACCUGCCUAUGGACCAGGACCCCCCCUCGCAAACUACAGAGAAGUCCCCCACGCCCGUUGACUCAUGA